AGAAGAAGAAGUCAACAGAACCGUCACAUUCACAGACAUUUACAGUCAUUCCAGUGUGUCGGCCGCGAAAAUCACGAAGACAACAAUUAGCUUUUUGGCCAUAAUCUAAUACAGUUUAGUGAUAGGUAUGAGGUUAGCAGUGUGGUUAUGGUUAGGUUCAAAAUCACAUUUUUAGAAUAUAAAUUGUAGAAUUGGGCGGGGUUUAUGGCUUUGGUAACGAUUUGUGUAGUGCUGCAGGGCAUUUUCAAGGUAGGCACAUCACCUUGUGACAUUCACAAUAUUAUGUGCAGAGAUAGGCUCGGUUUGUGUUAUGUGAGCAAACGGUUUCGAGGCGGGUAAAGAGGACGUACUGGACGUUGCAAGUGAUACGCGGUCGAAUCUUUCAGAUACAUUCAUGGAUUUAUUUAGAAUGUCAGUCACCACCAAAAACGACACUCUGUAACCUGCCUUUCAAGCCACCGACAUCUUUCCAGGAGAUAACCAUUGAAGUUCUGCUUUCAUCGCUCCUGAAGUAAUUUCCUGACCAAGAAGACUGCGCUGUCACAAAAGGCCAGCUCUGUGCCAGGCAAGAUGACCACAGCCAGGUAUCGGCCCACCUGGGACCUGGCACUGGACCCGCUGGUCUCCUGCAAACUCUGCCUCGGAGAGUUCCCGCUGGAGCAGAUGACCACCAUUACUCAGUGCCAGUGUGUCUUCUGUACACUAUGCCUGAAGCAGUAUGUGGAACUCCUGAUCAAAGAGGGCCUUGAAACUGCAAUUAGCUGUCCAGACUCUGCCUGUCCAAAACGAGGACACUUGUUGGAAAAUGAGAUUGAGUGCAUAGUGGCUACAGCGAUUAUGCAGAGAUACAAGAAGCUGCAGUUUGAGAGGGAGGUGCUUCUGGACCCGUGCCGGACGUGGUGCCCAUCGUCGUCGUGCCAGGCAGUGUGCCAGCUGAAGGAGAUGGAGGUGGCGCAGCCCCAGCUGGUGAAGUGUGCCGUGUGCACCCUGGAGUUCUGCUCGGCCUGCAAGGCUAACUGGCACCCCGGGCAGGUCUGCCCACCCCAGGAGAACAACCUGCCCAUCACCGCUUUCCUACCCGGAGAGACCAGCUCCUUCUACAAGAGUGACGAUGACGAUGGUCCCAUCAAGCGCUGUCCCAAGUGUAAGGUGUACAUCGAGAGGGACGAGGGCUGUGCCCAGAUGAUGUGCAAGAACUGCAAACACGCCUUCUGCUGGUACUGUCUGGAGUCACUGGACGAUGACUUCCUCCUGAUCCACUAUGACAAAGGGCCCUGUCGAAACAAACUGGGCCACUCCAGGGCGUCUGUCAUCUGGCACAGAACACAGGUGGUGGGGAUCUUCGCUGGCUUCGGCCUUCUCCUGCUGGUGGCCUCUCCCUUUCUCCUCCUGGCCACGCCCUUUGUCCUCUGCUGUAAGUGCAAGUGCAGCAAAGGGGACGACGACCCCCUGCCCACCUAAACCCCGCCUCGCUAAGCAGGCGGCCAUAUUUAUUUUUCGUCCCUUUCUUCCGUUUUCUCCCUCCACGCUUCUGGCGGUGCUUCAUUUAACGGGUCUGGGGCCGAGCUGCACCGUCUCGGCCCAGCCGCGUCCCGAUCCAUCUCGCUCGCAGUGUCAUGGUGGGAGAGGAGGAGUUGUGUUGACCCUGUGCUCCCUGGCCUGGUGGAAGAUGGGUUCACAGAGGUCAGACUUUGUGGACGACAACGACGCGCCUCUCUGUGGGCUUGGGGGCCAUGUGUCCGUUUACUGUAGCAGGGCCACGCUGAGGCCUUGAGGUGAGCUACAGGCAGUGGUGUAGUACAGAACCGAAGAGGAUGUUUUAUCAAGAGACGUGAUAAAACGUGAUGUCUGAAUCCUCUUGUUGGAGACAGUUUCAUGCAGGAGCUGCUACUAUCGGAGGACCUUCACCUUAACUCGUUUCAGUCGAGUUUCUUGUUUUUGUUGGUUUGUCAAACACAAAGCUUUCCCCCCACCCCUCUACUCUCGCUUUUUAUCUCUCAACAUACAGGAAAUACCACUGGAGUUACGUUUUUACAAACGUUUUGUGUUUACUCUGUUUGCACAUUAAAGACACUCCGUUUGUCGGUUUAAGAACCAGGGCGGGAGUUGGGACGUUUUCUGUCUCUCACUCCCCUGUACAGCAUGUUCUCUUGGUGAUGUUUGUGUUUCUGUCAUCUUUUGCUCUGUUCCCACUAUCAGCAAGAAGUUAUUGUUUUUACAAAAUCGAUUUGAACUCCUAUUUCUGUCUUUAAAAAAAGUAUAUAUAUAUAUAUAUAUAUAUUCUUACCCCCUUUUACUCCCCAAUUUCGUAGUAUCCAAUUGUUAGUAGUUACUGUCUUGUCUCAUCGCUACAACUCGGGAGAGACGAAGGUCGAGAGCCAUGCAUCCUCCGAAACACAACCAAACCAAGCCGCACUGCUUCUUUAACACAGCGCGCAUCCGACCCUGGAAGCCAGCCGCACCAAUGUGUCGGAGGAAACACCGUACACCUAGCGACCUGAUCAGUGUGCACUGUGCCCGGCCCGCCACAGGAGUCGCUACGGCACGAUGAGACAAGGAUAUCCCUACUGACCAAACCCUCCCUAACCCGGACGACGCUAGGCCAAUUGUGCGUCGCCCGAUGGACCUCCCGGUCGCGGCCUGCUGCGACAGUGCCUGGGCUCGAACCCACAGCCUCUGGUGACCUUAGACCACUGCGUCACCCGGGAGGUCUACGUCUUUUUGAGAGGGUGUCCCAAACUCCUUCUCACAGCCCAAAAAGAGGACUCCUGGUCCUGUGUUUACAAAGAGUCUCAGAGUAGGAGUGCUCAUCUAGCCAAGACAAAACUGAUCCUAUAUCAGUACUCCUACUUCAAGACACUUUGUGAACAUGGGCCCUGAACAUUCAUCUCCCCAUUCCACACAGACUUGAACAAACCGUCUGGAACUGGUUCUGACUUGUGUUGUCGAAUGGAAUAUUUUAAUAUAGAUGUCAUGGGGUUCAUUCCUCUCAACUCAAAUAAGAAUCCUAUUUAGCCACAUAGCAACAAAUGGCCUUAAAUGAAUAAGAAACGAAGCCAAAAAAGCCACCUCCCAGUAUUCUGAUGAAGGGGGAAAAAAACUGUCUUACAAAAACACAUGGCCAUUGUCCAAUUCCGUCCUCGUGAAAGCACACUUAAAUAAUGAAUUUGUUCAAUGCGUCAGUCAUUCAUUAAAAUCUGUCUAUUUUCAGGUGGAACAUAGGAAAUGAAAUUGUCUCUCUGAUACAAAGAUGUCCCUUCAUAUGAUCUAUAUUACACUAAUGUUGGUCAUAUAUCCAUUCUCUGUAAUGAACAAUAAUCCUAUACAAUGGGUAUUUUUAAUGGUGUGAGUCCGUGGCAAACUUGCAUAAUGUUAGUGGUAUUGUUGUCAGCGUUUUUGUCAGGAGUAAGUCGAGAGCUCUCACUACCUGCAGCUACUGCAACCUUUGCAGGGAUAUAAAAUGUCAAGAACUUCACUGGACUGUUUUAGACACAUCUGAAGACUGCUCUACACAUGACUGUAUCUAUGCAAGUUUAUACAUUUCCUAUCUUUUAGUAUCUUAGUCUUGCUAACAGUGUGGUCAUAUCAAGUGGUCCAGUAUGUUAUACCAGAUUCCAUGUGCCAUUAUCACGUCACACAGUAGAAUUUCACAAAAGGGUGGUUGACUUACAUCAGACGUACUGAUAUUUUCUUCUUUUUUUGUGUGUGUUUAAAAAAAAAAUAUAUAUAUAUAUAUUUUUUAAUCUAUCAUUAUUUUCCCUUAGGUUGUUCCCUCAGAACUUGUGGUGAGGGGGCAUUUACUGUAGCUACACCAUUUCUCACUCUGAAACACAUUUAAACUCAAGAGAUCAGUCAUUGGCGUUCCGCCAUCAAUAAGCCACUUUGGAACACAUACAGGAAAUCCUGGGUGCCAGUCUGUUUCUGCUCUCUUGCCAACUCCGUAUGAAAUUGUCAUGCAAAACUGUCUUGACAAUGGAUUAGGGGAAAGCACAAACAAAACCGGGACGACUGUAGACUACAUACAGAAUACUGAGAUACUCUUCUCAGAAAUCCCAGAUUUUCCAUACUUCCAUAUUGGGCUCCACGUAGCAUUCAAAGAGUGGGUAUGGCAGUUACUGGAACUAGCAUUAGCCAUUCACCUCUAGCUCAUGGUAGCCACCACACACAAAGAAAACAUUAGCCUUAACUUGUAAGUACCUCGUACCUUUUAGCCUCAUCCUUUUCUGCUAACCCUUGAUGCAUGCAAGUUGUCAAAGACUUGAGUAAAUAAAAAUUAAAAAAACAUUUCAGUUGAGCUAAUUUACCCUCAUUUUCUGGCAGUAGGGAAUACGAAGGUCCCAAAUGAACAUGUGGACCACUGAGCUGACCGUGUCUUUGUGUGACAAUCAUGCCAAGCAAGUCUUGUGGGUGGCGAUUAGAGAGUAAGUGACAAGUAAGUUUCAAGCAUUUUAAGGUUUGUAAAGUAAAAGUGGAGAUCUUAUGUCUGUAUGGCCAGUGCCAGUUGCAGGCAUAAUCCAAUCAGGGUCUCAACCUACUAUUGAGAGUAAGAAUAGUAGAGUACACCAAGGUGCCAUUUUGGAAUUUGGUUGUGCAUUAGCAGUUUUUCUCUUCAUGUCACUCACUGACAGUCAAUUAGCGAUGUCAGUUAACAAUUUUCAGAGUGGUAGUUAGUCUAGCCAUCUAUCUGAACUCGUAGUGUUCAUGGCUGCAUGCCGACCGGGCAUGCAUGGCACGUGCCCAGGGGCCCCGACCUCCAGGGGGCCCCCUGUUUUUGAUUUUGUUGGUCAUUCUCACUCCGAUAUCAUAUAAACAUGGCAUAAGUCAUUAGAAAAUGUGUAGAAUUGCAGUAAAUUGGCUGUAAAACUGAAAUGUUUUAUCUCCACCUCAUGGCAAAGUAUGUAGAAUUGCAGAAAAAAAAGCAUGCUUUAAAGGUCCAAUGCAGCCAUUUUUAUCUCAAUAUCAAAUAAUUUCUGUGAUUUGUUUUAAAUUAAAAUGGUAAAAAAUAAACAAAGACGGCUUAGCUAAGAGCAAUUUCUCAGGCAACACUUUUGUUAGGGAGUAGUCUGAGUGGGGAGAGGGAAACUGAAAAGUAGCUGUUAUUGGCAAAAAGGUUUGGAACUCUCUUUCUUGUUGGUCUAUCAACUCAUUUACCGCAUGGUGUUGUCACCAUGGAAGGCCAAAACAACAUUCCGUGAAAACAGGAUGAAAUUUCAGUCAGUCUUUUCAAACAGCUUAAACACUAAAAGGGAAUUAUCAUGUUCACUAUUUCACAGUAUUAUUCUAACCUCCAUAGUGUGGAAAUUAGGUCUGUCAAACAAUGAAAAUAAAGAAUUGUGAUUAAUCGGCAGUUCUAUCGAGGUAUUCAGUCACAGGCAUUCGGCUUGCUAGCUAACAUUAGCAUAACUAGAAUAACUGUUAUCUUUAAAAAAAUGCCUGGGGAUGUGUGUAUAGUUCAACUUUCUGUACGGUAUCCUUCAAUUGUUGCUCAAAGCUGCGUGCAGAGAGGAUUUUUUUUUGUGACUGCACUGGGCAAUUCUACACCCCUUGGAAAAUGUAUAGAACUGCAGGAAAUUCCCCAUCGUCAAGAUGGGGUCCACUAAAAUGUUUUUUUUUUCCGCUUGGUGGAUUUGGUCCCUCAACCAAAUCUCGCUUAGGGCCCCAAAAGGCUUAGAGCCGUCCCUGCCGAUGGCAGGGGGAUGUUAAUGUUGGAAGUUUUUGAAUACUGUACAGUAUGACGGUGUACUAUUGUUUUUGUUUUCAAGAUGCAGUAUGUUCAUUAACUAUUGCCGUUCUCUCUAGAAAAGUGUAAAGCUGUCACAGACACUUUUUGUUGUCCUUAUUAAAGGGGUUGGGGGAUUGUAAUUUUAAGAAAUGUAGCCUCUAUUUUCAGGCUUCCUCAUAACUCCGAGACUUGGGAGGAUGUCAUUGCGUGACUAUAGGGGAAUGUACAUUCAAGAGAAGUGGAAACAAGUUCUCGUCAUCCAAUUUGGUUUAGAGGGGCUUUGAGCUGAGAGAAUCUUGAAGGCUUGUCACAAAGUCCUCAACGGAUUUUUCCAGUAUGCCAAUCAAACGCCGAUGACUCGUACAGUCAUUAGUGUUAUCAUCUGGUUUCUUUCGGCAUUAUGCAGCAAAGGCACACAAAACAUUGAUAAAUCCCAUUCACCUCGAGGUGAGACCAAAGCCUGUUGCACAAUUAUAUUCUAUGGCUUCAAACCUAUUUUUCUCUUUGUUCACACUUUUGGGUUUCUAAACUAUAUUUCAACCCUGUUAUAUCAGAUGAUGACACUGCUCUUGUUUUUAACAUUGCAUGUUCUACUCUCUACCAUCUGCUAUAUAUAUAUAUAUAUAUAUAUAUUUUUUAAAGAGGUCAAACUCUGCCUCUUAAUUUUAGGGAGUCCGAAACAACAUUGUGUACACAGAACGUUCCACGGUUUCGGUCAUGACGUACGCUUUAUCCUGGAUUUUAAGUUUGACUGUCACACGUACCGUACUUGCCUUUGUGUUAUACUUGUUCUGUUGGCUUUGAUGCCGUAAAGCUGUAACUGUAAUGACUUGUAUUUGUGUUAACUGUGGAAGGAUUCAUAUUUCCAACUUUUCAAAAGAUGUAACCUUGUAAAUUGGCAUGUGUGGACAGCAUUGGAUGAACACAUUGUGCUUCUCCCAUGUAUCUACUGUUCCACUGACACUGUGAAGUUGAAUAAAUGUGGUUGUUUUUUUGUGA